AUGAAAUUUAUCAAAGAAAAUAAAGAUAAUAAAGUUUAAUUCAUUGAAUAAAAAAAAAUCAUUUAUAAGGGUAGUGUUAGAUUAGAAAAGUUUGUCAACAAAAAACCAAACAUUAUCACUUAAACUUAAAGAGAAUAUAAAAGUGAUUUGAGUCCAAUUAUAAGAUAAAAAAGAGCUUAAACAAUUUUGAAAUAAUUACUUAAUGAAUAAAAUUAACAGUAAUAUAUAUAAAUUAUUAAAAUUUAGAGUACUUGAAGCUAAAUCAUCACGUAAUUUUAAAUUAAAAAGAAUAUCUGUAGAUUAUAACUAUUCAAUUUAAUUGCCUAAUAUUGAAGAAUAUUUUGAUUCAUAAGAUAAACUAUAAUUACUUAAAACAAUUAAAAAUGAAAAAAAUAGAGUAGAAAAUCAUAUAGAAAAAUUAGAAAAAAUUAAAAAGGAAUUAGAUCUUUCAGAUUAUGUAUUUAAUUAACAUAAACCAAAUACUUAUCAUUCUAAUACACCAAGUAAAUCUGCAAGAAGACAUACAAUUAAAUUAAAUACAAGUGGCAGUACUUUAUUUGGAAAAACAGAAAAUGUAAAAAGAUAAUUAUCAAUUAUUGAUUGUGAAGACAGAAAAUAAAUUGAUAAAAAUAAAGAAAUUGAAUUGUAUAAAAAGUAUGAAAAAGUAAGAGAUAGUAAAGUGUUACCUUAAUUAGUAAAUUAGAUUAAUGAAUCUUAUGAAGAAAAGAAUAAAUUAAGUGAUAAAUUCAAUAGACAAUUAUAUUAUUGUAUACAUAAUAGAGAUUAUAGUAUAAAAGAUAAAAUAAAAGAAUAUCAAAAAGAUAGUUUAUCAUAUUCUUAAUUUUAUUCAAUAUAAAAAAGACUUAAAUAACAUAUGGAAGGCAGAUUCAAAGCUACAGAAAAUCAAGUUAUAAAAUUUGAAGAUGAACUUAAGAAUCUAGCCAAAACUAAUAGACUAACUGAAAGUAGAAAGGAAUAAUUAUCUAGAAUAAAGAUUUAAUUGGAAAAUGGUAAUUACUUAGAAAAUUAUUGA